UGCGGAUUCUGCUCGGAAAUUUUCUAAACCAUGAUGUUUCUGCAGUCAACGCUCCCGAUCGCCAGACACCGUGGACGGAAACAACCAAGCUGCGAGGAGGUCGGCUGCUCAAGGAGGCCAUCGUACGGCAAAGAUAACACCAAGAAGGCGGAAUUUUGCGCUCAGCAUCGCCAGCAGGGCAUGGUUAAUGUCGCUCACAAGAUGUGCGGUCAUACAGCGUGCUCCACCAGGCCGUCGUAUGGUGACGCCGGCAGCAAGAAGGCAAAGUUUUGCUCUCAACAUGCGAAGCAGGGUAUGGUAAACGUUCGCAUGAAGAGUUGCGGUCACCCGGCGUGCUUCGCUAGGUCGUCGUAUGGUACAGCCGGCAGCAAGGCAGAGUAUUGUUCUCGGCACGCGCAGCAGGGGAUGGUAAAUGUCAAUCACAAGAGGUGCGGCCAUCCAGGUUGUAUGAAGCAGGCGUCAUAUGGCACAGCCGGCAGCAAGAAGAUGGAGUUUUGCUCCCAGCACGCGAAGCAGGGUAUGGUUAGUGUCGUUCACAAGAUUUGCGGCCAUCCAGGUUGCACGAAGCAGCCGUCAUAUGGUAACGCCGGCAGCAAGAAGAGGGAGUUCUGCUUCCAGCACGCAAAGCAGGGCAUGCAUAGUGUCAGCCACAAGAGGUGCGGCCAUCCAGGUUGCAUGACGAAGGCGUCGUAUGGUGACAUCGGCGGCAGGAAGGCGGAGUUAUGCUCUCAGCACGCGAAGGAGGGUAUGGUUAGUGUCGUUCACAAGAGGUGCGGCCACCCAGGUUGCAUAAAGCAGCCGUCAUAUGGUUACGCUGUCAACAGGAAGGCGGAAUUCUGCUCUCCACACGCGAAGGAGGGCAUGAUUGACGUGAAGCAUUAUCGAAAACAACAGGUGUCACGGCUUAACGUAUAGUGCGCUAUCAAGCCGGUGUCCCAAACAAUAAGUGAUGCGGGAUGCACCAUUAGUAUUCUGCGCGAGCGUUCGAUCUAGUCUCAUUCAGCUGGCGUUGUGUGUGCUUAUUCAUGACCAUGGCCACGGUCUGGAUGGUCGUGCAGGAGAUGCACCUAGGCAUACGUCCGCGUUUUUCUCCUUCGCUAACCUGUAGACGAGAUGCAGGCACUCCAGGGCGGCACAAGGUACACCACUUGAAACAGCCAACCGCUUGGAGGCGAAGAAGACGCCAAGUGUCGUAUCACUGCGUGUGGAGAAGUACCGAGGUUUGAGCGCUUGGUGUUAUGAUCAGUGUAUUCACAUGGACUGAGCGGUGCCGAGAACAAGGGCACGUACGGGCUUGACAGGAGUACCGUCGCCAUUACACAUCGUAGCAAGUAAGACCUUCGCACAUUAAUCCACACUCUGUUUCAUCGCAUUACGCUUAUUUUGUGUGGGUGCGUUUUGUUUUCGGCAUUUUCAGGUUCGGCUUUGGGGACGCCAAUAUGAUGUGCUGGAGUACCGAUGAAGGCUUGUCCAGGGGUCCCACUCACGCCCCUCGAGUUGUUAGUGUUCGGAGGGUUCAAUGGCAUUGAUUUUGCUCUUCGACUUGCCCCUAUCGUUGGCGUCUGGAAUGCGUUUGAUGUCCAGCGUGUGCAGAACCAAGAGUGUGAUGCCAUUGCCUUCGAAACAUGUCCCUGGGGUACAUACUUACAGGGAGAGUGGUUGUGGGGG